AGAGAGGGAGGUCUCUGGGUGUCUACUUGGUAAGAAGUUACUUCUAAUUAGCCAGCCUCUUCUUGCUCGCCUCACUUGUCCACCGUGCAGAUCCAGAUCCUCUCCUCAGAGACCAGAGACCAGGUACCUGCAGAGGUACCACGACACUUUUCAGCAACAACCCAUCAGACCCAGCAGACUUUUUGUGCGAAUUGCUGCUUUUGGCACCUCUCACCUGGAGACGUCUGUGCCCAAUUACGCACGACUUGGAUGGAAAAACUGCAUCAUAGCGCAGGGGAUUUUUUAAGUUAUCCUUUAUCAUAUCAUAAUUUUUUCAAUGUGGUGUCAUAAUUGAUAGUCUUGGGUUGAUUUUAGUUGUUGUUCUUCUUAUUUAAGUAGAGGAAGCAUCAAAUAGACUCUACAAUCAGCGGUUUUUACGCAUCAGGUUAAAACAGGUGUAACGUUACAUCUACAGUUGGAACAGCAGGUGCCUGGUUCGAUAGCUCUAAGUCAGACUAACAUGUAACUUUGUGACAACUAAGUGACAAGCAACCCAGGGUCUUGACCGCAGACUUUUUGUGGGAACUGCUGCUUUUGGCACCUCUCACCUGGAGACGUCUGUGCGUAAUUACGCACGACUUGGAUGGUUUUUACGCAUCAGGUUAAAGUUAAAGUUACAUCUACAGUUGGAACCACAGGUGUCUGGUUCGACUGUAAGUCAGAGUACACACAAAGGCAGUAAAGGACAACAAGAAAAACAACAACCAAGUGACAAACAACCCAGGGUGAAAGAAAAACAGAGAGGGAGGGAGUGACAGAAAAAACAGAGAGAGAAAGAGAGAGAGAGAAAGAGAGAGAGAGAGACUCCCCCUGGAGACUAGCUAGGAGACCCAGCCCCUGGUCUGAGAGAAGGAGAGAGAGAGUGAGGUAGUGAGGGAGUGUUUUUAAAGCCAGCAGGAGGCAUGAUGUCCUACAUUAAACAACCACAUUACGCAGUGAACGGGUUAACUCUGUCUGGCCCAGGGAUGGAUCUGCUCCACUCUGCUGUUGGAUACCCCAAUGAUCAGCAUCUGUCAUCCUGGAGAGACACUCCGCGUAAACAGCGUCGGGAGCGCACAACCUUCACGCGCGCACAGCUGGACAUCCUCGAGGCUCUGUUUGCCAAAACGCGCUACCCAGACAUCUUCAUGAGGGAGGAGGUGGCUCUCAAGAUCAACCUGCCGGAGUCACGAGUCCAGGUCUGGUUCAAGAACCGUCGUGCCAAGUGCCGCCAGCAGCAGCAGCAGAGCACGGGCCAGUCCAAACCUCGGCCCCCUAAGAAGAAGGCGUCCCCUGCUCGGGAUGCCAACUCUGAGGCCAGUGUCAACCAAACCAAUGGACCCUACAGCCCUCAGCCACCUCCUCCAGGCACCUCCAUCACCCCCAGCUCCAGCGCUGCCAGUGCCACGGUGUCCAUCUGGAGCCCGGCCUCCAUCUCCCCACUGCCAGACCCCCUGUCUGUCUCUUCCACCCCCUGCAUGCAGAGGGCCUCCGCCUACCCCAUGACCUACACCCAGGCCCCGGCCUACAGCCAGAGCUACGCAGGCUCCUCGUCCUACUUCACGGGCCUGGACUGCAGCUCCUACCUGUCCCCAAUGCACCCACAGCUGUCGGGCACCGGAGGCGCCCUGAGCCCCAUCACGGCCUCCUCGAUGGGCGGGCCCCUCAGCCAGUCCCCGGCCUCGCUCGCCUCCCAGGGCUACACGGCCGCCUCGCUGGGCUUCGGAGCCGUCGACUGUCUAGACUACAAGGACCAAGCUGCCUGGAAGCUCAAUUUCAAUGCCACUGACUGUCUGGACUACAAGGACCAGAACUCCUGGAAGUUCCAGGUCUUGUAAAUAACAAGAAGUGGGAGACGGGGAGGGAAGGGGAUAGGGAUAGAGGGGGAGAAAUCAAAGUAGGGUGUUUUAGAAGAAGGAGGAGACCUUGGGACACUAAUCAAUAAUCAUAUCAGUUGAAGAAGCUGAAAUAAAGUCUUCAUUUUUGGCUGUUUCAUAAAAAAUAUGUGUGGAAGUAAACUGAUCUGUUGAUGCUUGUAACAAAGAGAUGACAGUAGUGAUGCUCCUAAGUUAAAACAACAUAGAAAUCAGCCUUGAAAUCAAUCAAUGACUGGCUGAGCAAAAGGAAAACAAGAUAUCUGUACAAUAAAAUCAAAUUAGAGAGAAAGAACAACAACUUUAUAUCUUGGUAUUAGGGCUGGAAUUGUCGUGAUUUAAACACAGUAUUAAUAUAUUACUGAUGAUGAGAAUUUAAAGUGAAAAUGCAUAAACAAAGGCGUCCACUUGUCACAUGCUGAAUGCAUCAUUUUGAUGGCUGACUCAGUGGUUUUGGUUUAUAGAAACUUACUGCUCGACUGGCCUCCACUUGGACCAGCAGAGCUUCACACAGCACAACAGUUUUAGUGACGUUUCCUGCAUAGACAGCCUUGAAAUCGACUGGAACUGACUAGAGCCCAAGCUCAUGUUUAUUUCUUCCUUCUAGACUUUGUCUUGUAUUUUCUGUGAUGUAUUUCUUUUUUUAAAAAAAGCUGCUUUUCAUCAGCGAGCUGACUCAAAAAGCAACUCAACUAUCUGACAUCUUUAAUAAGUAAGGUGUCUGUCUUUACAGGGUGGCCACUAAUUAAAUAUGUUAAAAAAUGUUUAGCAGCUGAUGAUUCCCAGUAGCCUUGUGUGAUACUGACCCUCUGCAGCCUGUGUGUGUGAUACAAGCGGAGGGGGUCGAGUUGAAGUGACUGCAGUACAAACCUGUUGCCUUUGAGCAUGGUUGAAAUCAUUAGCAGAGUGGCUCGUGCAUUGUUAGUUUUAAUAGGAUCACUUCCAGACAAUUUGUGCAACAAUGGUCACAUUGUGAGUACCUAACCCCCCUCCUCCCCACUCCAUCUCACAGUGUUUGCAUGAGGUUAGCGGAUUGUUCAAGCAGUUCUCGAAUCAAAUGACUUUAUUAUAAAACUGCUCCAGUGAGGCGUUUUGAUGGGAGAGAAGACUGCACCAGAGAAAGGGAAGGGACUGGGCCGCCACGCAGCAGCCCCCCUUUGCACAGAGAGCUGGGUGCCUCUCUCAACUCUGACCUGUAAAGAUGUGAUGGGUACCACUUUAUGUGUUUGAUGUAUCGUUUGAUUUUGUAUUAGACUUAAACAUGUUUCUUUUAAAAAAAAAAAAUUGUGAAUUCGUCGAAGUAAAAAUUGUGGUAAUUUGUUUAUUAUUAUCAGUAUUAUUUACUAUCAUUAAUAUUAUGUCUUCAGCUGACAUGGACACUGCUAAUAUACUUCUUUGUUGUUCUUUUGUAAAUAUUAAAACUUGAAAAAUGCAAUCAAGUCUGGUAUCAGCGAUGAGUUGUUACGCAGGCGCUCCACCCAACAGAAUCUCUCUUUCUUAAUUUCUAGAAAACUGCCAACUUUUUAUUUUUUUCUGUUUAUAUUUUCUGGUUUCUUCUUCUUUUUUUUCAAACUCAGGGGUUUAUCCAAUAAAAGUAGCAGUAAUAGGAUACAAUGCUGUUUAUGCUUCUUAAUCAUUUACUGUACUUUUAUCUUUUGCAUGACUAUAAUCUUCUCUGCUUAUUUUUCUGACAUGAACUAUUUUGUAUAUUUCAUUUGUCUCCUGUGUUCGAACCAGUCUCACCACUACCAUGCUAGAUAGCGAUGAUGUUUCUGAGACAUUAAACAACUUCAUUAAAA